AGUGCACAUUAGGGCAAGCGGCGCUGUCAACAAUAGGCGACUGUCCCCGUAAGAGGGCGCUCAAAGGCGGAAGUGAAACAAGCACUUCCACAAUCAAAACAUUAUUUUGGGUGCGCAAUGGGGGAGCGUGCUUCCACUAAAUAACAUUUCCCACUUGUGCCGUCCGUCGAGGAGCUCCUAGCCCGCCAUGCUUCAGCUAAACGACACGGUGGAGCCCGAGAGUCCCGGAGCCGCGGUGCUCCACCCGGUCGAAACCGAGGAAGGAGUGGAGGUCGCCUUCACGCCGCUGGAGGCCGGGCGCAGCCUGGGACGCGGAGCCACUGCAGCCUGCUGCGGGCCGCUGCAAACGCUGACGCCUUUUCACGUGCACAACCCCACCAUGCAAGCCAAAGUCAAGGACUAUUUUGUCUUCCGGCCAGGUACCAUCGAGCAGGCGGUCAGCGACAUCCGGACUGUGGCCCUUCCCUCUGAAGAUGGAGAGGUUCUUAGCGUCUGGCUUCUGGCUUUGAUUGACCACUGGAAUAACGAAAAGGAGAGACUUGUCCUCAUUACAGACAGGUCCUUGCUGGUGUGCAAGUACGACUUCAUCAACUUGCUGUGUCAGCAGGUCGUCAGAAUCUCGCUCAACGCCGUCGACACCAUCUCAGUGGGCGAGUUUGAGUUCCCGCCCAAAUCCCUGAACAAGAGAGAGGGUGUCGGGGUUCGUGUCCAGUGGGACAAGCGUCCCCAGGCCUCCUUCUUGAACCGCUGGAACCCGUGGUCCACAGAUAUGCCCUACGCCACCUUCACUGAGCACCCUAUGGCUCACGCAGACGAGAAGGUGGCCUCCCUCUGCCAGCUGGACAACUUUCGGACCCAGCUGGUGCAGGCGGUGAAGAAAGCCCACAAGGAGCAACCCAACCCUAGUCGGGCCAACGGAGUCCUGAUCCUGGAGAGACCCCUCCUCAUUGAAACCUACCUGGGCAUAAUGUCCUUCAUCAACAAUGAGGCUAAAUUGGGCUAUUCCAUGACCCGUGGCAAGAUUGGUUUUUAGAGACAGCAUCUCCAAACAGGACAGCAGCCUUGUUUGUCUUUUGUGUCCAGCACAGAGAUAAAAGUAAAAGGGAAGACUUGCAUGGACUGUCUACUGAUUUGUGUUUAGCACCCCAAUUAAUCCCUUUUGUUCAAGAGCCGCCAUACUUGCAUGGGCCCCUCAACAAAAGUUGAGAAGAAAAAUGACAGCAUUUACAUCUGCCUUUUUUCUUAUAUUCUGUAUUUGUCCAAAACUGGAUGUGUUGCAUUCUUUUGCAACUUAUUGAAGCAUUAACUGUUAAAAGUGGCGUUUAUUGCCGAAGAUGUGGAGUGGCUUUGUGUCUGCACUGAUGAGUAUGUUCAAGAGAAUGAAGCGGUCAUGUGGCCACUGUACAAUUUCUUUGAAUGGGAACUAUAGUUCUAUGUGAAGUCACAUGACUAAAUGGAAUAAUCCUUGCUAAUAUGGAAAUUGAUCAUGUUGUGCUCUGUCUUUCCAAACAACUUGGGUUGUUAACUGUGGAAAAUAAGUAUAAUAAAGUAUAGUAUAAGUAAAAUAAUAAUACUAAUUAUUCAUACUGGAAACAAUAAAUGAGCCGAUGUGACUUUUCUCUCUUUUGGGCCAAUAUUGGACACGCUGUUUACGUUUGCAACAACAACAAUCUACAAUAACAAUAUAUCUACAUAUGAGAGCUGUGGUAACAUUAUGAGAGUUUUAUUAUAGCAAAAACAUUUGUUUUAUCAUCCCACUUGUCCAGGGAUGUUACCAAAGUUGUACAGUACGGUAUUCUGAUGUGAUUACACAUUUGGCAGACAUUUUUACUUUCAUUCAUCUUCCGUUCCACUUAUCCUCACUAGGGUCACAGGCGUGCUAGAGCCUAUCCCAGCUAUCUCUUUUAAUAUGGAAAAUAUCAUGACGUUACACAUGUACUGUAUCUCUGUCAAAUAUCAGUAGUGUUGGAAUCUGUUGUGAAAGACCUAAAUAUGCUUUCUUUGGAUUCAGAUGGAAUUCUAGACCUGGAUGAAACUUUAUAGUAACUGGAUCACCCAUUUAUAAUUUGCUGGUGACAAAUGUUUAACCAUGCUGCUGCGUUUGUUUUCUGUUCUGUUUAACUUUUGUUUUGUGGGUACAUAAAAAAUGUUCAUGGGUCAAUGUGACCUGCUGCAUGUCAGCUUACCGGUAUUUGGGGGGGGAGAACAAUCCAUAGGCAAUAGAAGGAAAAUAAAAAAAAUAUAAGGAAGUUC